GCGGAGGGGAUCCCAGCCGGAGAGGGAGACCGUCUCGGAGCCGCCGCCGGGGAGUGAUCGGUGAUCUGUAAUUGUCAGUCCUUCCUCUCCUCCCCCGGCCGGGUGUGUGGAGGGGGCGGGGGAUUGGACGAGGUUUGACGGGAGAUGACGCUGCCCCGGGCGUCCCACAUAAAGAAGAUCGGAGGAGGGAGGACGGGGGGAGGCGGACAGUCUGGAACUGGCAGGAGGAGAGAAAAGUUCUGGUGCGGAGACUUCAUAAUAAUGCCGAACCUCGGACGGUACACCGGACACGUCUGACCGGGACACAGCACUACACAGGAGCACCUACCACCCCACACACCCGGCACAGGAGCACCUACCCCACACACACAGGAGCACCUACCCCACACACACGAAUCGUAUCUGGACCCAAUCUUCCUGGCUGCAGUCUUCCGCCUCAUUAGGAGGAUUAUUUUUACUUCUACGGAGCCAUUGCACAUUGAUUUAAGACCCCAUGAUCCCCAGGACUCAGCGAAGUUCCUGCCCAGAGGAAGCAGAUUGUGCGGAGUCAGGCAUCUGAUGUGACUUGAUUUGAGGACUGCGUUUCAUUCUCCCGGGAGCACGAAGCUUUGUCAUGGAGCUGAGGCCCGCUGUGCUGUUUUUGGUUUGGACUUACCUGUCGAUAUUGUUCACAGAGCUGACUGGACACAAAGUAUAUACAAAUACCUGGGCAGUCCGAAUUCCGGGUGGUCCCUCAGUGGCUGAUGGAAUAUGUAAUAAACAUGGCUUCAUUAACCAUGGACAGAUUUUUGGAGACUAUUAUCAUUUUCAACAUCGGGCUGUGAUGAAAAGAUCCCUGUUACCUCAUAGAGCCAGACACUUUCUGCUAGACAGAGAACCUCAGGUACACUGGGCAGAACAACAGGUGGUAAAGAAGAGAAGGAAGAGAGAUAUUUUUACAGAUCCAACAGAUCCCAAAUUUUCAUCGCAGUGGUAUCUGUUUGAUGAAAACCGGCAUGACUUGCAUGUCAGAGAAGCCUGGGAGCAGGGCUUCACAGGCCGAGGCGUCGUGGUUUCAAUCCUGGAUGAUGGCAUUGAGAAGAAUCACCCUGAUUUAGAAGGAAAUUAUGAUCCUGCUGCCAGUUACGAUGUCAAUGACCAAGAUUCAGAUCCUCAGCCCCGAUACACGCAAUUGAAUGAUAACAGGCAUGGUACGCGGUGUGCGGGUGAGGUGGCAGCAGUUGCAAAUAAUGGGAUUUGCGGUGUUGGAAUAGCUUAUAAUGCCAAGAUUGGUGGUGUUCGAAUGUUAGAUGGUGAAGUGACUGAUGCUGUGGAAGCAAGAUCACUGGGUCUCAAUCCUAACCACAUCCAUAUCUACAGUGCCAGCUGGGGACCAGAGGAUGAUGGCAAGACCGUGGAUGGUCCAGCCCAUCUAGCAGAAGAGGCUUUUGUCAGAGGGGUCACUCAGGGUCGUUAUGGUCUUGGCUCUAUAUAUGUUUGGGCCUCUGGGAAUGGCGGAAGAGAACGUGACAGCUGCAACUGCGAUGGAUAUACAAACAGCAUCUACACACUGUCCAUCAGCAGCACCACCCAGUAUGGCAAUGUACCAUGGUACAGCGAGGCCUGUUCCUCAACACUGGCUACCACGUACAGCAGCGGGAAUCAGAAUGAAAGACAGAUUGUAACAACAGAUCUAAGACAGAAGUGUACAGACACUCACACAGGAACAUCAGCCUCUGCUCCAUUGGCUGCUGGAAUUAUUGCGCUGGCUUUGGAAGCAAAUACCAAUCUCACCUGGAGGGAUAUGCAGCAUCUAGUUGUGCGAACGUCAAACCCAUCUCAUCUUAACACAAAUGAUUGGGCCACAAAUGGAGUUGGGCGGAAAGUCAGCCAUUCGUAUGGAUAUGGUCUACUGGAUGCUGGGACAAUGGUUUCUCUGGCUAAAAACUGGACCACUGUGGGACCUCAGAGAAAAUGUGUCAUUGACAUUCUCACGGAGCCAAAGGACAUAGGAAAGCGCCUGGAAGUCAGAAGAAAAGUGGAGCCAUGCCUUGGAAUGCCCAAUUACAUCAGCAGUCUGGAGCACGUCCAAGCCAGGCUAACCUUAUCCUACAACCGCAGGGGAGAUCUUGCUAUUUACUUGACAAGUCCUAUGGGCACUCGCUCUAGUCUGCUGGCACCUAGGAUCCAUGAUUACUCUGCAGAUGGCUUCAAUGAUUGGGCUUUUAUGACCACACAUUCAUGGGAUGAGGAUCCCACAGGAGAGUGGGUACUGGAGAUUGAAAACACCAGCACUAACAAUAACUAUGGAACACUAACCCAGUUUGUCUUGGUGUUGUAUGGCACUGCGUCUGAUCCUCCAAACACGUCCAACCAAGUUGAUGGUGUUGGAUGCAGAACUGUAGCUUCUAGCCAGUCCUGUGUUGUUUGUGAAGAAGGCUUUUUCCUCCAUCAGAAGACAUGUGUGAAGACCUGUCCCCCAGGAUUCACAGCCAGUGUUCAGAGUAUCCAAUACACACUGGAAAACAGCAUCGAGCCUCUCCUGGCUAAUGUUUGCAUGCCCUGCCAUCCUUCCUGUUCUACUUGCAAAGGCACCACUGCAAAUGACUGCCUCAGCUGCCCAGCUCACUCACACUACAAUGUGUUGGACUUUUCCUGUUCCCAUCAGAGAGUCAGAGAAUCGCCACAACUAAAAGAGGUUGUUCCAGAAAUGGCAAAUGGUUACUCAAACAUGCCGGUCAUUGCAGCCACCCUCAGCUGCAUCAUGAUAGUCCUUGUCUUUGUGGGUGUCUUCUUAUUCCUCCAGGUGCGUUCUGGGGUUAUCCUGGGCAAGAAGAAGUUGUACAUGUUGGACAGUGGGAUCAUCUCUUAUAAAGGGAUCCCAUCAGAAAUAUGGCAAGAAGAAGGAUUAUCAGAGUCUGAGGUAGAGGAGAUGGAUGUUCACAAUGAAAGAACUGCUUUUAUAAAGCAACAGAGUGCCCUUUGAUGACAAUUCUGACAUCACCUCCCCAGAACAUUAUGCCAUCAUACAGACCCCGUUCAGGUUUCCUUUCAACACUGGACCGUUUUAUGUGGAUACCGACUUCUACAUCAGCGUCAUGAUUCCAUCCAGUGCUCUGGCUAAUGCCCAGGAAACUUCAAAAACAUUUUUUUUUUUAUGUCUUUUUGUGUUUUUUUCCUUUUUAUUGAUCAUCAUACAUCUUCCCAGAUUUUUUUUCUUAACUUAUAGUGCCUAUUGAUCUCCAUAUUUUGCCUGCCUGCAGUGGCUAUCAGUUGACCCUUUCAGUGAUGGAACGUCCAUAGACGGGGUGCAGGUACACCUAGUUUUGCAGUCUGCCUAGGUUUUUUUUUUAAAGGGUAGGAUCUGUACAAAAUGAAAUGCUGUGCAGACAAGAAAGCUCCUUGUAGGUUAAUCCAGUUUACAAAGAUCAACUGCUAUAUAGUACAUCAGCAUCUGGGAGCCAGGCUGGAAAACUAUGUAUAGAACCAAGGUCAUAUCUCAUGCACUAAUAAGGUUGUCUGCUUAGACCUAGCGGAGGGAGAUCCCAGCUGACAUGUAAUAGACUGAUAAUGUGCUGUGCAGAGCGGAAUGCAUUGGAGCAGAUUGUCCGAAUCACGUACACAUUACACUUGGAGGGAAAAUACAGGUUUUUUUAUUUUUAAGCAUUUCAAGAAUUCCUGCAUACAGAACACUGACGGGACAAGGUAAAUACCUUGGCUCAGCGUAUUGUGGGUGUCACCUUUUUAGUUAACUCUUUUGGACUGUGAUUCAUUAUUUUUCCUGUAUAUCAAGUAAUCAUGGCUUAUUUACUUAAUUUUUAUCAUGGUAAAGUGCCCAUAUACAGAUUUGCUUCUUUCAGACCAGACCUGCCAAUGAUUUCCCUGUGGAUGCUGCAAACAACUUUUGCAAAUCCAAGUGUUUGACGAACAGCAGUGGGUAUGAAAUGGCCAUGAUGGUAGAUCUCUCUGCAGUCCAGAAAUAGCUGGACCUUUCAGUCUUGGUCUAUUAGAAUUCAGCCGUCUACCCUAAAGAUGGAGGUCAUCCAGCAAUUAUAGCAGUAGUGUCUCGUGGUAUCUGGGGAUCCUAAUACAGAAGGGCAUCACAACCUGACAUAGUUAAGAAAUUUUACCUUUUUCCUUCUAUGUGAGUGAAUCUGUUGAUCUGAACAUGUAUAUUUUAAUGGAAUAGGGUGUUGGUA